CAGCGAUAAUAAGUUAACCAAAUUGCACAGAAAUAUUUAGGACAUGCCGAACAUCGUGCUUUUCAGCGGGAGCUCCCACCAAGACCUGUCACAAAAAGUGGCUGAUCGCCUCGGACUGGAAUUGGGGAAAGUGAUAACGAAGAAAUUCUCCAACCAAGAAACAUGCGUGGAGAUCGGGGAGAGCGUGCGCGGCGAGGACGUCUACAUUGUGCAGAGCGGCUGCGGCGAGAUCAACGACAACCUGAUGGAGCUGCUGAUCAUGAUCAACGCGUGCAAGAUCGCCUCGUCGUCCCGCGUCACCGCUGUCAUCCCCUGCUUCCCCUACGCCCGGCAGGACAAAAAAGACAAGAGUCGUGCUCCUAUCUCAGCCAAGCUGGUGGCCAACAUGCUGUCUGUAGCCGGCGCCGACCACAUCAUCACAAUGGACCUCCACGCCUCGCAGAUCCAGGGAUUCUUCGACAUCGCCGUGGACAACCUGUAUGCAGAGCCCGCGGUCCUCCAGUGGAUCCGGGAGAACAUUCCAGAGUGGAAGAACAGCUGCAUUGUGUCCCCUGACGCUGGAGGAGCCAAACGAGUGACCUCCAUCGCUGACCGUCUGAAUGUGGAGUUUGCCCUCAUCCACAAAGAGAGGAAGAAGGCCAACGAGGUGGACCGCAUGGUCCUGGUCGGAGACGUGAAGGACCGCGUGGCCAUCCUGGUCGACGACAUGGCCGACACCUGCGGUACCAUCUGCAAAGCUGCUGAGAAAUUGAUUGAUGCCGGUGCGAUCAAGGUCUACGCUAUCCUCACGCACGGCAUAUUUUCCGGUCCGGCCAUCGCGCGCAUCAACGACGCUCCCUUCGAGGCCGUGGUGGUCACCAACACCAUCCCCCAGGAGGAGAAGAUGAAGUCUUGCCCAAAGAUACAGAUCAUAGAUAUAGCCAUGAUCCUGGCUGAGGCGAUCAGGAGAACCCACAAUGGCGAGUCGGUGUCCUACCUCUUCAGCCACGUGCCCUUAUAAAGGAUGGUCACAAGGAAGAGGUCACAACGGCCAAUUUAGGCCGUUUCUCUCCUCAUGGUCCAAUCAGCGCACGCCCUCCCGGAAGUCCUUAAGCCCUGAUGAUUUGGGCCAAUUACGCGUGACCGAUUCCUAAAGGCCACGCCCACUUUCCCAGCUCCGUUGUUCCGUGUGGAGACCCAAGAAAGAGUAUCACCUCUUUGAGACCAGCAAGUUUCUAUUUAUGCAUAUUACCAUGUUAACAUUUCCUUAUUGUUUGUUUUCAAUAUCAUGCUUUGCCAGCCAAUGGAUCUGGCUGUCAUUUUAACCAAAGGUCCAUUGCCUAACGAUGUUCCUGUUUUGUUGUACCUCAUUUUCUGUCCGUUUCACUAUAAAUGAAAGCAUUCC